UACGAACAAAAUAAAUAAAGUCAUUCAAUCAAAGAAAAAUAUAAAAAUGUCGAAAUGUCAAAACAAUUCCAAUAAUUCGGCGCAGCUUUUAAUGCGCUGCAUUUUCAGAGCAGAUAUAAGCGGUUGAGCCACCACCCUCCACCGCUAAAAGCGCUCCGCGUCGAUUGAUGUGCGUUGAUAUAAUAUUUGUGGAGGAAAAAAUCUGCGAAUGACGAAAUUAAGCGACGCCGCUAAUAAAUAAAGGAAACGCAUAACACCAGUAAUAAUAAUAAUAAUAACGAAGUGCUAGCAAUUAGAGGCAAUUAACGUAAUUGUUGAAAAUUGUCAAAAUAUUCUUGACAACCGCGAGAAAUAUUAGUAAAAAAAAAUAACCGAAAAGUGUUGCCUCAGUGUUUCUACUUUGAGGUGAAGUGAUUUCCUUUUGUUUUUCAAAACGCAAAUAUAGUGUAUUUAUCACAAUGGAUUUGAGCUUAGAACGCGACAGCAGCUCUGCGCUGGGCAGUCUCUUUCAGCAGAUUAUCAAUGAUUUGAAGAACACAUCGCCACUGUGGGAAGACUUUGUUACCAAAGCUACGAAAUUGCAUCAAUGUUUACGUGCCGCCAUUCAGGCAAUCGCCGCGUAUUUGGACGCGUUCCAAAAAAUCGCAGACGCAGCAACAAAUUCAAGAGGAGCUUCCAAAGAAAUCGGCACCGCUUUGACGCGGGUCUGUCUACGCCACAAAGCAGUCGAAUCACGUCUGAAGACUUUCACAACAGCAAUAAUGGACUGCCUUGUACAGCCAUUGCAAGAAAAACUAGAAGACUGGAAGCGCACAGUGAUCACCAUUGACAAGGAACAUGCCAAAGAGUAUAAGCGCUGUCGCACCGAACUGAAAAAGCGAUCCAGCGACACGUUACGACUGCAGAAGAAAGCACGUAAAGGUCAAUCGGAUACUAUACAGUCGCUUAUGGACUCGCAUAAGCAGGAUGUAACAUUGCGACGCGCCGAAUUGGAGGAGGUCGAAAAGAAAUCCUUACGUUCAGCUAUGAUCGAGGAGCGUUUACGAUAUUGUACGUUUGUACAUAUGUUACAGCCAGUCGUGAAGGAAGAGUGUGAAGUCAUGUCAGAGCUGGGGCAUUUGCAGGAAGCAAUGGAUUCAAUCGCCCUCGUUACGAAAGAGCCCAGCGUGCUGCCACAAGCAUCCGAGGAACUUAUACAUGACACCAAAGCCACAAUGUCGCUAUAUCCCGAAUCGCCGGGUGGCGGUUCGAGCUCACAAGGUGGUUGCUCGAAUUCGUUGGGCUCACGCAAAAGUUCCGUUUGUUCUAUUAGCUCUAUGAACAGCAGCGGCUCAAGCAACUCACCGGGACAUCAUCACUAUCCACGUUCGCUAUCGCAGUUAAUUUCGCCUGCAAUACGCUUGAAACCUGGUGAAUCCAGUGAUAGUGGCUUUUGCUCAUCGCCAGCGCUAACCACACAGGCUACUACUGCCACUAGUCAGUCACAUGCUGUUUCCACUUGGCCACCACAUUCCCAAGAUGCCGUGCCAGUGUUGCCACCUGCCUCCGAUCGUCCACACACAAUCUCAACUGCCUACGAAAAGGGACAUCAGCGGCCACCACUAACCGUUUACACGUUCCAGAAUCCGGAGACUAUACUGGAGGGUAGCGGCGGCAGCGGCAGCGGCAGCAUACCGGGUACGCCAAACGGCACCAAUGGCGGUGCUGGGUCCGGCGCUAAUACACCAUCUACACAAAAGUCGCCAGCCGGUGCAUUGAGUCGCCCACCGUUGCCAGUGCGCUGCUCUUCGUUAGAACGACCGCUUUCGGCCAACAAUAAUCGCAGCACCAACAAUCUCUUACAGCGUCAAUGCCCCUCACCCAUACCGGCGCACAUAACAAAAGAGCUAUCAGCGCAUCAUGCACAACAACAACACAUGCAGCAGCAACAGCAACUGCAACAACAUCUGCAGACAACAUCGCCGCCACCUACUUACGUCAAUAUGUCUGAGUUGGCCAACAUGGCGGCAGCAAAAAUUACUAACCAACAACAACAACAGCAGCAACAACGGCCAGUCGCCAACCUGCAACAACAACACUCGAUCGACUCUAUAUCCUCACAGUUUUCCAACGAUUCGACUGCAUCGGGCUAUCAGCAGUCACAACAACAACAAUCGCAGCACCAGUCAGGUGUUAUGGUUAGUGGUAACAACAGCAGCAGCGGCAGCAAAACACGUUCACAUUCCGUUUCCUCUUCGUCUGCCUCCUCGAAUACACCCUCUCUGCAUUCGCAUCCCUCCAUAGAAUCCGGCACGAUAGCCACACCACUUGUUGGCCAAACACCGACACCGUCGAGUGGCAGCUCAACACCACAAAACCACUAUUCACCACUGCUGACCAAUUCGCCAUCAUCCACGGCGGCUGGUACACCAAGUGGCGGCAGCGUGACGAGCGGCAUGUUGAGCGGUUUCGUAUACAAUGUCAAUUCACCGACACCGCCACAAAGUGGCACUGCUUCAGUCGAUAGUGAUGUGCUGAAGAUCACCGAAACCGAUGGAGCCGGUCAACAACCCACCAUUGUACCCGCACAAGAAAUAAAUACACAGCAACAACAAACAAGUAAUACUACCAAUAACAAUGCUAUGAAUAGUGCUACAUGCAUAGAGUCCCAAAUCACACCCACCGAAACGUCCGAUCAAACUUAUUCAAAUGCCACCGAUUCAAAUGCGACAACAAACGAUACAGAAUCUCCAACUAUUGUAGAGAAUGAUGAACGUUCACGCGCCUCGGUGUUGCAGAAAGCUUCGAUGUUUGAGAAGCAGGCGGCAGCCGCAGCCGCAGCCGCUUCCACCGCUGCGGUCACACCGGCACGCUCUACGGUCGAGGCCAUAUAUGGUACGCGCCGGACUCCGGAUGAGGUUUAUCGCACGGCAAACACCAGUGCCGCUGGCAAUCAUUAUCAACAGCUGUCGCCACAUCAACAGCAACAACAGCAGCAGCAGCACGUGGAGCAGCAAGAAGUGGAUAAAAGUUUUGAAGACUCGAUCCAAGAAUUAAAUAAUUUAAUUGGCGAAUUAGACUCGUUUCAACGCGAGAUCGAUGCAAGCAAGCGCGCAACAACAACAACGCUCACCCCAACAGCGGAUGAGACUGUGGGCGACAAUUGUGGCGAUCGUCCCUUCCCCUUGAUCGGCGCGAGCAGCAACAGCGUCGUCGUUGCCGACAACAAACAGAUGAGCAGCAAUGCCAAAGCAACAACAACAUUACCAGCAGCAGCAGUGACAGAGGCGGAGCGUUUCGACACAACAACACCAUUAACCGUUAUUUGUCCACCGCGUCCACCCAAAUCCCCGCAAUGCGCCAGCAAUCAAACGAGCGGUUGCGGCACUGAUCUCUCCGACACCGCUUCCGAUGAUGUUGCCGCUGAUGUCGGCUCGCUGACGAGCAUAAAUAACAAUCACAACAACAAUAACAACACAAAAAGUAGCAGCAACAAUAAUGAACACAACACCAGCUUGAGCAGCCGAGAGAGUUGUGCCACAGGCGGCAAUGACAAUAACGAUCGCACACUGCAACAAUACAAUUCCGAUUCGGAGCUGAGUCGUUGCUAUGUAAGCGAAACGAGUUCGCUGGCGGGCGGCUACGAGAAUCCCACUUUCGCGCACUACGCCACAGCGGUGUCCUCAUCGUCGAUAGCCGCCUCGUCGGGCGUGGAUGAGCCCGCCGAUGUGGGCAGCGUUAUCGGCGAUAAUCGCUCGUUGAUGGCAGUGUCAUCGACAACGACGGCCGACGAUUGCGCAUCGCACACCUCGGACACGUACCAAACGCCACAACAGGCUGCGGACAACGGCAGCGAUGGCGGCAGUAAUGUCGUCGUUAUCUACGAUCAUCAGAUACCCAUCACGCCGGACAUCGACUAUGUCAAACAGAAUUCCGAAAUUGUCGUGUUGCGUACAAAGGAUCCACUACAGCAACAAUUGGGACGACAGGAAAUGCGCGAAUUAACACAACUGCCGACUAGUUUGUGUGCGCCCCACGAUGGUUUGGCCGCACCGGGUGCCGGCAUGAUGUCCGUGCUGGCCUUGUCGUCGUCGUCGUUGUCGUGCUUGGGACCGACUUCGCCACCGCACACCGCAACCGUAGCGCCUGCCAAACAGCGACUCUCCUCUUUUCGCGCCUCCAGCGAACAACAACUGCAGUUGCUCGGUUGUGGCGACAACAACAAUAGCGGCAGCGAACUCUCAUUGCUGUGCACGCCGCACCACCGUCAUCAUCAGCAGCAGUAUGCCAACGCAGGUACGGCACAAGCGCAAACAGCGUGCAUCGAGGAAGGUAGUAGACGGGUGGCAACACCACCAAAUGCACACAACAUGCACGCAGAUACCAUAAUACGUCGCAAAGCAGCGAUACCGCCACCCAAACCGAGUUUGAGUAUAUUCAAUGGCCAAGCAGCCGACCACAAUUUGAGUUUAGUGGCUAACGCCAGCGUGCCUAAGAGUAGUAGUAGUAGUUGUAGAGGUAGUUGUGAAGCGGUGGGCGAGCGGCUGACGGCUGCGCCCACACCGCCGCCACCGCUUUUGACAAAGGCCAAUUUCAAGGCCGAUUUAGAUGCGAAAAUUCGCAAGCAGAAAUUGAAGUUGCAACUGCAGCAUGAACAACAGCAACAUCACGAGCUGUUGCUACAGAAGCAGCAGCUGUUGCAGGAGCAACAACAAUUACAACAACAUUCACCACAAUCAGCCGCCAACAACACGAAUACUUCAAUAUACCUCAGCAACCACAACCACAAUCAUAGCAAUUCCAAUAACACCACUACCAACAGCAUCAACACCACCACAACCACCAGCGGCGUCGGCAAUGGCCUUGGCAAUCGCAAUAGCAGCAGCGGUGCCAGCAGCAACACUCACAACAACAGCAAUAACAAUAAUUGUAAUGCAAUUAGCUUAAAUAAGCGCAAUUGUAGUACGACUAUGUCGAAUGCAACAACAACAAAAACUACAACUGCAUCUGCAUCCGCAUCACCAUCAAAUCAUUUGGCAUUUGUAGUGAAAGCUGCAUCAUCCCAUCACCACACAAACGCAUCCGCAUCCGCAUCAUCCUCAUUAGCAGGGCCACAGCUUGUCUAUCAAAAUGGUACUAAAAGUAGUAGUAAUAAUAGAAAUAUGAAUAAUAAUAGUGAUAGUAGAAGAAAUGCAACAGCAACUUCAUCUGCAUAUCCUAAGACCAGUAAACAAACCCAUUCUAAUCGUACUCAUUAUCAAUUUCAUGCGCUGAAAUCACACAACAACAACAACAUGAAUAUGAACAACAAAAAUCACACCACCACCACCAACAAUAAUAAUGCUAAAACACGCCCCAAACGUUCUGCCUCCAUGUCAUCUACACAAAAAUCAUCUAACGCCAUUCGUGCCUCAUCUCCAUCGCCAUCCACCAUAACAUCAUCAUCACCGUCGUCAUUGUUAUUAUGCACGCCCGCAAUUCGCGCGUCCACUGAUCGCCUGUUGAAAUGUCCACCAACACCGCCAUUACCGUUGCGUGCGCAAUUGGUUGUCCAUCAAAAACCAAAACAACCACAACACCCACAUAUACACAAUCAAACCGACAACCAUGCGACAUUAUCAACAAUACCAUUGUCGUCAUCAUCAUCAUUGUCAUCGUCAUCCUCAUCAUCAGUGUCUGUCUCCGCCUGCGCCUAUGCGUGUUCUUCCACUUGUGCAACACCAACAUCAAUACCACCCAACAUUCACACCAAACAAUCAGCUGCUUCUGCCUCGGUCUCGUCUGCAUCUGCAUCCGCAUCCAACUCCAAUAUAAAUUCCGCCAACGCCAAACCGAAUAUCACGCCGAGACCGGCUUCAUUGUCGGGAGGCGUAACACGCAUAGCGCGUCGCUCAUCGGUGAAUACGGCCAAGCCACCGCCGCCAGUGCGUCGCAGCUCAUCGGUGACGCCAAGUCACAAUGCCACCGGCACGGCGGCUACGCAAUCGCCACAACAAAUUCAACAGCAGCCACAACACUAUCAACACCCUCAACAACUUCAUCAUUUACAUUCUCAUGGCAACCAACAGCUCCCGCUAGCUACGACAACAACUAUACAAAAUUCCCACUACGAUACCGUUGACGGUCUGCCACCCCCACCCGCUUAUCUGCUAGACUCCAGACAAGCACAAUCGUCGACCCCCACACCGCCACCACCAUCAGCUGUUUCGUCUUCGGCAAUACCGAGUUCAUCGUUGAAAGUUGCCGAAACUGUGAAAGCGUUAUCGGCUAUGCGUCACAAACCCGCUUCUCCGAAUGCGAUACGUCACAUGCAACAGCAACAACACCAACAGCAACAGUUGCAGCAAUCACAUCAAUCGCUGCAGUAUUCACCAACACCGUCAUCACCAUCACCAAUACCAACACCUAUACAACUACAACAGAAUAUUUACUCAACCACUGUUAAGACAUUCUCCUCUACCGCUUUGCUGCCGCCCGACUGCAACACUGAACAGACGCUUCAUUACGACGCCUACUCAUACUAUAAUCCCUAUAUGGAGGUCAGCAGGACCACCACCCCACUGACCUCUGCCAAAAUGCCGCUUACUAAUGUUAAUCAUGCUAAUGCCGUUGCUAAUGAAGCUGCCUAUCAAACAUUGCCAAUAACACCAACACCUAUUUAUUACUAUGAUGCCGUUACUAUGCAGCCAACAACAACAAUAGCAACAACACCAACGAAAUCACAACACUUGCAGUCCAAUGCACUGCCGGACACGUAUGGAGUGCACACAACGCUUCGUAGUACACCCACAAAGACAAACAAUCCACCGGUGUCACCAUCAUAUACCUCACCACCACCAUACGAUUUCCAGCAUAGCAAAAUAGAGUUGCCACCACCAUUACCGCCACCCAAUCCCAAUCAACAGCGUUCGCUUAAGCAGCAGCAGCAGCAGCAACAACAACAACAAAAACAAUUUGCUGAUCACCAAUACCAUACACAAGCUACAUCAUCCACACCGCAUCCAACACAAUAUCAACACACCAACAACAACAAUCAGUUUCAACAAAAACGCCAACAUGAACAGAUUUAUGAUUAUUUGCCGUCACAUCAGCACCUGCACCACUCCCCCAAGCUGCAGCAUAAGCCGCCGCAGCAGCAGUCAUCGCAAAUACAACAACAACAACARCAACUAGCGCAUCAUUUAGACGCGCUCAUGAUCGAUAAUGACGAUGAGGCGAACGUGUUUAGCGACAACGCCUCAUUCCGCACCUCAUCGCCCGGCAUUUAUGCGCAGCCGAAAAUAGUCACAAGCAUGUCGAGUUUCCGUUCGGGCAGUCCGGCACCAACGAAUGACCAUCACAAUCAGCACCAUCACGUCAUACCACCAACACAACCGAAAACCAAUCCGAAUUUGAUUGCACAGCUGAGUGCGCGACUAAGCAAGCAAAAUCAACAGCAGCACACCAGUGAUGGCAUUUAUGGCUCAACACCGAAUUCACCAAAUCAUCACAAUAUGCACCAACAACAACAACAACAACAGCAACAUCAGCAUCAGCACCACCAAAGUGAGCCAGUCUAUAUGCGAAACUAUACGCAUCCUCACCAUCAACAGCACCAGCCGCCGCAGCAGCAGAUGUCGUCAGUCGCCGCCGGUUCGAUGCAUCAGCAGCAAAACUAUGACGCUGCGCAGACGCCCAAGCAUCAGUCGUCUUAUGCACCAGCCGGUGGUGUCGCUAGACAGCAGCAGCUGCAGCAACAACAACAGCAGCACCAUCCACAUCAUCGCGAGCCACACACACAUAGCUGCCCGCCGCCGCUUGAAAAUCCACCGCCGCCACCCACGAACUCAUCCAUUUAUGCUGCCACUGCCAAUGCCAACGCGACCAUGCCCAAAAAUGCUAUGCGCUCUAAUGCAGGCGCCACCUAUGCGCCGCCCACCGCCACCAUGACAUUACCUAAGAAUCUCGCACAACAGCGUUUACAGCAGCAACAACACUAUCAGCAGCAGCAACAACACUACCAACAGCAACAAUAUCAACAAUCUACCGCCAUCGGCGCCAACGCAGCCGCUCAGCAACACCAUCAAUCACAGCAACAUUCCCAGACGGCGACUGGUAACCAGCGCGCACAGAUGCCACUGCCACACCAACAACAACAACAAAUGUCCUACAAGCAAAAAUCGGCCACAUUGCAGAGUAACCACCGGCAACCGCCCAUACCGUCGCGUCACUCCAGCGUGCAGCAAAAGAUAUUCGUGGCCACCAAUCCGUUCAUACAAACCACCACCAUACAUUGUCACUCGCCGGCGUCGGUGCAUUCGCAGCCGGCAUCGCCCACCUGCUCGUCGCCGUCAUCGUUGGCAAGCAUUUAUGGCACCAGUUCGCGCAGUCAUCAUCACCAUCACCAUCAGCAGCAGCAACAGCAACAGCAACAACAUCACAGCAGCGGCAGUGGUAGCGGCAUCGGCGGCGGCGCAGCCGGCAAUGGUUACUAUGCCGCCUCGCACAAUCCAACGAGUUACGCCAGCUCAAACAUUGAGAAAGCCGGCAGCAUACGCUCAAAAACCAAAGCUGAAUUUCUCGAAAACCUCAACGCCAAGCUGGCCAAACAGGGCCUCUCGGGACGCGCCUUCGCUGUGCGCAAUCUAAUCAAUAGCAAAGCAUUGAUGUAUCAAAAUCCUCAAACACUUAUGCGCCCAAGCGCACAAUAUUGCGCACAACCACAAUCACAAGCACCGCCGACACCGCCAACUUCCUCCGCCGAAGAGUCCUCGACGCAUUAAGCCCGAUCCCCGCAUUUGCCAUGAAUCAUUAAUGGAUCAAAUCAAACGCGGCGCUACGCUGAAGCGAAAUCAGAAAAUCAAUGA